AUGGAAAUAAUGUCCGAUAGAGAAAAUAUUACUGACCAAGAAAAUAUUGACGAAUUUCAAAUUGAAGAAGUUUCCACUUAUCCAAUAAACAAUAAUAUUUUGUAUCGUGAACGUGUAAAUAAAGUCACUAAACGUAGCUUCAACUAUGUAAUUAUAAAAGAAGGUGUUUAUCCUAAUGGAACUCAAACUGGACCAAAGAGUCUACAAGAUUCAGUAAUUUGUAGUAGUACCAGCAACAACAAACGAAAAAAAAGACCAGUUCAACAAUAUAAGAUUCCACAUGGUUAUAUUGUAGAAACAACUUGGGGACGUGCAUCCAAAAAGAAGACUAUUCGUUGUGAAAUUGAUUAUAUUAAUGAAAUACCACAAUUUCGUAUUAAAUAUGGCUCCAACUUUCAAUAUGUUGUUUUUUCUAGCAAAUCUCCAUCUGAUGUAGCAUAUAAUUAUGAGAGUGCUUUAAAACCAGAAACAAAAGCUACUCUUUCAGGUCCUCUUGUGUUUGGAUUACAAUUAAAAAGUGUAAAAAAAGCAUGUGAAUCCAGGAAAAGAGGCAAUUUAAUUAAACCAGCCAUUAAUUGUACUUCAUCAACGCUUGAAAAACGUGCAAAAAAAAUUGCAUCAAAAGUGCUGGCUAGUUUUAAUAAUGAUAUCAGAGGAGUUUAUCACCAAUCUGACGAAAUUGUAUUAAAAUCAGUUGAAUUUUCAGUUAAUAAACUGGAUUUUCAAUUAGAUUACGAAGAAGUACUUCAACCAAUUAUUAAGGAUAUUCAAGAACUUGGGCAUGGAUAUGAAUUAGAAAUUAAUAAUCAACGCAUCAAACGGGAGAUUAAAUUUUUAAUUACUACAUUUAAUGAAUACGAUUAUGCACGUCACGUGCAUUGGAGAAUAAUUAGAGAGCGUGAUAAUCCUAAAACCACUUUCCCCGUAGUAUUUUUAUCUAAAUACGAGGAAUAUUUGACGAUUGAUAUAGUAGAUAAUUUAUAUUUUUAUUAUAAUAUAUCGUCUCGUUUUUCAUCUCAUUCGAGUAAUAAUUCUUUAAUUGAAAAUUUUACAAUUGAUUCUACAACUUCAAUUGAUAAUUCUACCACUUUGUUAAGUGAAAAUUCUACAAUUUCAAUUGAUGAUUCUACAACUUCAAUUGGUUCGUUAAAUGAAGAUUCUACAAUUUCAAUUGAUGAUUCUACAACUUCAAUUGGUUUGUUAAAUGAAAAUCUAUCCCUUACAUCGCCUCCACCGGCUUACUCUUUAUCAUAUAAUUCAUUUUAUAUUUCCUCUAACUUUUCUAAUAUAACUCAUAAUACAACUAUAAAUAUCUCGGAAAAUCGUCAAUCAAUAAUAGAUCAACAAUCUGUUACUAAUGAUAGAAUACAUUUUUUUCCAUCUUUUCUUUCAAAUAUUCCUCCUCCACCGCCUCCGCCUACAUAUCAAGAAGCUCUUGACGAUGAUAGAGUAUUAUUUGUUGAAGGAAGAGACCAAUUUGGUAAUGAACAAGUUUACUUUGGUAUGGGAAGAAGAGGCAGCGUGAUUAGAGGGUGGCUGUAA